AGUUAACUACUCAGUUUGUGAAUGGUGAUCUUUUGAAUAACGAUUCUCUUGUGUGUCUUUAGAGUCAAUGGUUGACAGGUGUACACCUGAACACGAUAGUUAUCUAAAAAACACUUAAAAUUCGCUAGAAAAGUGACUAAUUAUAUCAAUUGGAUCUGUAAGCAUGUCGCAUUCAGAACAUUUUAAUAUUAUAAAUACAGACCUCUUCUGGAGAACGAUUUAAAAGUAUUUAUCUGGGUAUUGACCUUUUGAGGUCAACCAGUUUAGUUUUACAUAAUAUUGUUGACACACAAAAAGUUGUUAAUCUAUUGAACAAUAUCUGAUAUGUGAUAUAUUAGUUAUAAACACGCGACCUUUUGUGCUGUAAAUCAACCAAGAAACCUGUAUAUAUAUAUACACACACACUGUUAGCAGUAUCUUUAUUGUAACUAUUUUGAGAGACCUGUCAUAACCGUUCAUUCCGAAUUCGAAGUAUUUGUGAUUAAAGCUUAAGAUAUUUCACAUAUCACUGCAUCUAUUUUUCAUUUCCGAGUUAUUUUUUAAAUAUUUUAUUUCCGAUUUCCGCAAUUUUAAUUGAGGUACUUGGAAUCUUCACUAACUGGAUGUGAUGACGACUGCCGGUGUUUGUUAGUGAAUUAUUGUGAAAUUCUCUCUGACAAUGGAUACUAUAUAUUCAUUUUAUUUUAUGGUGACAAUAUUUUCCUUAGUCAGUGCAUAUCGGAAACCAAAUAUAAUUUUUAUUGUUGCUGACGACUUAGGUUGGAAUGAUGUCGGAUGGAGAAAUCCAAAAAUAAAAACACCCAAUUUAAACAGACUUGCCAAGAAUGGAGUUAUACUAAACUCUUCCUAUGUCAGUCCCACAUGCACACCAUCUAGAAACAGUAUAUUAACGGGAGUUUAUCCAUUUAAAGUUGGAUUGCAGCAUAGUUCUUUACUACCACAAGACACUAGACAUCUGUCAUUGGACACUCCGACCCUUCCAGAGAGGCUGAAAAAGCUAGGAUAUUCCACUCACAUGAUAGGAAAAUGGCAUUUAGGGUUCUGUGAUUGGAAGCACACACCUGUACAUAGAGGUUUUGAUUCUUUCUUAGGAUUUUUGAAUGGUGGGCAGGAUUACUAUAAGCAUAAAAAAGAGAAUGCCUACGAUUUUUGGUUGAAUAAAACAGUUUAUUAUCCUCCAAAGGGAGAAUACUCAACGAAAACGUUUACUAGGAGAGCAGUUGACCUUUUCAGACAACACAAAGGGAAAAAGAAUCCAAUGUAUUUAUAUCUGUCCUACCAAGCAGUUCACACCCCUCUUCAAGUUCCCAAGAAAUAUGAGCGUAUAUACAAACACGUUACAAAUAAAGAUCGACGUACUUAUAACGGAAUGGUAACGGCUAUGGACCAAUCUGUUGGUACAAUUCUCUCUGCUCUGAGGAAAUACAAAAUGCUGGGCAAUACAAUUAUUGUAUUUACUACUGAUAAUGGAGGAGCAGCAAAUAUUGCAGGAAGUAAUCUGCCUCUCCGUGGGUCUAAGACGACAUUGUGGGAAGGUGGUACUCGUGGGGUCGGGUUUGUGUAUAGUAAGAGAUUGUUCAAGAGGAAAUACGUUCAUGAAGGGUUGUUCCAUGCUGUUGAUUGGGUGCCCACAUUGUUAGCUGCGGCUGGCGGUAAACAAGACAAGAAAUUAGAUGGAAUAAACCAGUGGCCUAUGUUACGUGGAGGUAAACCAUCUAAAAGAAAUGGAUUCGUCUACUCUAUAAGUGAAACAAGUGCUGCAAUACGAAUUGGUGACUACAAACUUAUUGUAGGAAGUCCAGGGAUUUAUAACCAAUGGUUUACAAUACCCAAAACAAAGUCGUUCUGUAACAGUGGAAAAGUCGCCGAGGAUAUAUUUUUAUACGAUAAUUUGAAUAAUGCUGUCCGUAAUAUAAAGAGUUACAUCAGUUGGUUUGGAAGUACAUUGCCUGGGUAUUCUUAUUGGCGACAUUAUAAACGAUUACAAGCUCUACAGAAGUGUAAACAAAAGAUUAAGGAAGAAAGACAGAAGUGGGUGUUUCCUAAGUUCCUCUUAUUUAAUAUAAAAGAGGACCCUACUGAAACCAAGAAUCUGGCCGGAAGUAAACCAAUGGUAUUCAGGAAAUUAAAAAGUCGUUUGGAAAGAUACUGGAAAAGAGCUAAGAUUUUCCCCAAGCAAUCUACAUUCAGUAAUAAUACUGGAAUAGUCAAUGGAGUCUGGACACCUGGGUGGUGCUAAAUGUUAGAAUAUUUGAAUUCAUGAUUAUUAGCUUACAAUUACAGACGAUUAGCUUACGUUUAGAUUUGCCAAAAAAAAUUGAAUGGCAAUGCUUAUUUCAGAAACAGGCUUUGAGUAUUAUUAGAUGAGUGUGCAGAAUGAAAGAUUUGGACUGAUUGCUGAUUGCGUAACGUCAUCACCGUUUAGAAGUUCUAAAUAUAGUUUGUUAAUUCAACAAUCAUCCUUGCUUCACAAUUUCAUUAGUGUUACUUAUAUGUAGGACAGUUAUGUCUCAUAGUAUAACAAGAAGAUGUUAUAAUCUGAUCGUUACUGUGUACAAUAGUUCAGAGUUUUAUUUAUAAAAAUGUUUUUUAUAUUUCA